UGACUGCAGGUGAGGGACCUUUUUAAUUCUCCAGAAAACUCAUAGGCAACUUUCUGAUGGAGCUGAUUCAAAUUUACUUCAGAAGGGAUGUGCCUGACAGAAUCUGGAAAUUAAAGGAUUACUGCUAACUGCCAAACACUGGAGAUCUGGUUUGCCAAAUAUUUCAUCAGGCCAGGGCAAAAGAGCGGUCAAGGGGUCCUACUUUUGCUCUGGUUUGUUGGCUUGUGUGUUUGUACACUGGAAUGUCUGCGUCUGAUGGAUUUAUAACCAUUCACAGUGGAAAUAACAUUCUGUGCUCACAAAAAUAUAAGCAAUGUAUUUUCUGAACAUUACUUGUGGAUUUCUAAAUCCACUGCUUGUUCUCCAAUGACCUCUUUUCAUGGUGCGCAUCCCACUGCUGUAAAGAAGAAAUCAAUGAUGACAAAAGACACAAAUUAUGCCAUUAUGGCUUUGCCUUUCUCAGAACACAUGAACUGGGGAGGGAUUUUUCGUUCCCACUUUCUUCUUUUUCUCAUAUCUUUAUUACCAUCUGUUACAGUUUGUAGCAUUCCAGGUUUGGAAUAUGACUGGGGAACGCAACCCAAACUUGUUUGCAUCCCUAUUCCUGCAGAUGCAGACCCUAGUUGUUUCACACCAGGUGGGGCUUCACAUGGGACUGUACAUGGGGCUCCACAUGGGCCAAACAGCAAUGGACACGGGAAUGGCCAUGGGAAUGGACAUCAUGGGGCAGUUAGCGGGCUGCCGAGUAGUCACAGCAGCAGUAGUAGUAGCCGACAUGGCAUAUCCGAUGAGGCCAAAGCCACCAUCCUUCACCUGAGGGAGAGCCUUGUGCGACAAAAGGAGACCAUCUUGGAUCAGCGAGAGACUAUUCGGGAACUGACAGCAAAACUGACUCUCUGCGAGAGCUUUGGAAGGGGACACCAUGAUGACAACCAUCACAGCCCUUCACAUCACAACUCUCAGCAUUCUUCACACCAUUAUGACAGCCACCAUGCUGACCCACACUUCCCUUUAAACGGGCAUCGCAGUGACCAUCACAGAGGCAAAUCUCCAUAUCUGGGCAAACACAGCUUCUCCCCAGAACAGACAGGAAAGACCCUGCAGGCCCUGAAGGAGAGGCUGGAAAAUCUUCAGGCAAGAAAUUCAUCCAGUUCCUAUUCAAGUUCAUUGAGAGACCUCCUGCAGCGCAAGAUCAACACACUGGAAGAACAGCUCCAUCAUCACUAUGGUCACCAUGACAACCAUCAUGGAUCUGGUCAUCAUGAGGAUAACCAUGACCAUGAUGACCACCUUAAUAACCACCACAAUAACCACCAUGAUGACCAUCAUGAUAACCAUGACAGCCAUCAGGCAAACCAUCAUGAUGACCAUCACUCUAGCCACCAUCGUAACCACCAUUAUGGCCAUCACUACGACCGUUACAGUGACCACCACGACGACCACCAUGGCAAUCACCAAGACAAUCAUCAAAGUGGCCAUGAUGAUCAUCAUGACAGCCACCACAACAACAACCACCAUGAUGAUCAUCAUGAUGAUGACCAUCAUGGCAAUGGACACCAUGAUGGUGGACACCAUGGAAAUGAUGAUCAUGUCCACCAUCCACAAACCUCAAUCCAACCACCGGGGUCAAGAGUGCCUGUCCGUGGAGCCAUCAGCAAAUUAGAUGCAGUGCUGAGUAACCUUCACCACAAAACUCCAGAACCAGGACCAAAUAAGAAGCCCAAGAAUCCUGAUGCUUUUCAGAUUGGCUUCCCAAUGCGCACCAACUACAUGUAUGGGCGAAUCAAGCGCACCCUUCUGAGUGAGAUUUUUGCCCUCACGGUCUGUCUUUGGUUGAAAGGGGGCUCAGGUCCUGGCAUCGGAACCCCAUUCUCCUACUCUGUCCCGGGCCAGGCCAACGAACUUGUCCUGAUUGAAUGGGGCAACAAUCCCAUGGAGCUGCUGGUGAAUGACAAGGCAGUUACUCUUCCUCUUUCUCUGACGGACAGUAAGUGGCACCACCUCUGUGUAACAUGGUCCACACGUGACGGCAUGUGGGAGGCUUAUCUGGACGGUGUGAAAAGAGGCUCUGGAGAGAAUCUGUCCCCGUGGCAUCCCAUUAAACCAGGAGGAGUCUUCAUCCUUGGACAGGAGCAGGACACUUUGGGUGGCCGUUUUGAUGCCACACAGUCUUUUGUGGGCGAGAUGUCAGAUCUGCAGCUGUGGUCCCGUGUGCUCACCUCUACCGAGAUCUACAACCAAGUGUCCUGCUCCAGCCAUCUCACGGGUGACGUCAUCACCUGGAGCGAGUCCAUGGUGGAACUUCACGGAGGUGUCACAAAGUAUCCGUUCGACCCAUGUCAUUAGGGAUCUGACCAAACAGAGCUGGAUUCUCCACACUUCUGCUUAACUUGCAGCUGGAAAGGUGGACAAUUAUGAAUCCAGAUGGAAAGGCUGAGGAGAAGGACUCAGGGUGCAGUUACUCCUGCAGGAUAAUAGGAUUCCAAGCAGGUCUACAUAGGCCCCGGGCAUUUAACUAAGCACUUUAUUAGUAAGUGUCUAAGAAUUACAUACUGCAUAUCGAUAAGCACUUAGGAUGUCAACAGACUGGUUGAACUACAUUCCGUGGUUUUGAUUCCCUUCCAAACACUAAUGGAAGAACUUCAGUAUGCUGAAUGUGCAAAAACCCUACACAACAAAAACUAAUUACAGUUGGCAUGUACUAUUACAAUAAAGCGGGACAACAUGGUCUAUAUUUAUAUCUAUAUGAUGAGAAGUGAAAUACACAUUUUAAAAAUGUUCUUUUGAUUAGACUCAUUAUUUGGUUAGACCCAUUUGUAUUCGCUCUAGGCAGCAUGGGGGCACCAGUGAGUUUUAAAGGCCUACUUCAGUGUUACAU